CCUGGAUUGGAGAGUUGGAAUAAUGGGAGGUGGCGCAACGUUGAAAUGGGUGUUGCAAUUACACAAAGACGUUCCAAAGGCUGCUCGUUUUUAUUCCGAAGGCUUAGACUUCACUCUCCAUCUCUGCACUCUUCGUUGGGCCCACCUUCAAUCUGGCCCUCUCAAUCUCGCCCUUCUUCAACCCUCUUCUUGUGACACUGUCAUGCAGAAGGGGCAUUCUUCAAUGUUGUCAUUUACUGUCCCUGACCUCCAUGGUACAGUGACAAAAUUAGCUUCAUUAGGUGCAGAGCUGGAUGGUCCAAUUAAGCUUGAAAUCCAUGGAAAGGUUGCAGCCAUGCGAUGUUUGGAUGGCCACAUGAUAGGCCUUUAUGAACCCCUUUGAGAUCUUUGGCCAUGAAAGAACAUUAUGACAUCUGAAGAGUUUUCUUGAAUAUAUCCGACCUUUUACAUAUGG